AUGCUGUUCUGGCACACGCAGCCCGAGCACUACAACCAGCACAACUCCGGCAGCUACCUGCGUGAUGUCCUGGCUCUGCCCAUAUUCAAGCAGGAGGAACCCCAGCUGUCCCCCGAGAACGAGGCUCGCCUGCCACCCCUGCAGUACGUGUUGUGUGCUUCCACAUCCCCAGCCGUGAAGCUGCAUGAAGAGACGCUGACCUACCUCAACCAAGGUCAGUCUUACGAAAUUCGACUGUUGGAGAACCGGAAGCUGGGGGACUUCCAGGAUCUGAAUACGAAAUACGUCAAGAGCAUCAUCCGGGUGGUGUUCCAUGACCGUCGGCUGCAGUACACGGAGCACCAGCAGCUGGAAGGCUGGCGCUGGAGCCGCCCCGGGGACCGCAUCCUGGACAUUGAUAUUCCACUGUCUGUUGGUAUCUUGGACCCCAGGGCCAGCCCGACACAGCUGAAUGCAGUUGAGUUUUUGUGGGACCCUUCCAAGCGAGCCUCUGCAUUCAUUCAGGUGCACUGCAUCAGCACAGAAUUCACCCCGAGGAAGCACGGGGGUGAGAAGGGCGUGCCCUUCCGAGUGCAGAUUGACACGUUUAAGCAGAAUGAGAACGGGGAGUACACGGAGCACCUGCACUCUGCCAGCUGCCAGAUCAAGGUGUUCAAGCCAAAGGGAGCCGACCGGAAACAGAAAACAGAUCGGGAGAAAAUGGAGAAAAGGACCGCACAGGAGAAGGAGAAAUACCAGCCGUCCUAUGAAACCACCAUCCUCACGGAGUGCUCUCCGUGGCCUGACGUGGCCUACCAAGUGAACAGUGCCCCGUCCCCAAGCUACACCGGCUCUCCAAACAGCUUCGGCCUUGGCGAAGGCAACAGCUCUCCGACCCACCCAGUGGAGGCCCUGCCCCUGGGCAGUGACCACCUCCUCCCGUCUGCCUCCAUCCAGGACGCCCAGCAAUGGCUCCACCGCAACCGUUUCUCCCAGUUCUGCCGGCUCUUCGCCAGCUUCUCGGGUGCCGACUUGCUGAAGAUGUCCCGAGAUGAUCUGGUUCAGAUCUGCGGCCCUGCCGAUGGGAUCCGGCUCUUCAACGCCAUUAAAGGCAGGAACGUGAGGCCCAAGAUGACCAUCUACGUCUGCCAGGAGCUGGAGCAGAACCGGGUCCCCCUGCAGCAGAAGCGGGAUGGCGGUGGGGACAGCAGCCUCUGUGUGUACCAUGCCAUCUUUUUGGAGGAGCUGACUGCCUUGGAGUUGAUCGAGAAGAUUGCCAAUCUGUACAGCAUCUCCCCCCAGCACAUCCACCGAGUGUACCGGCAGGGACCCACGGGCAUCCACGUGGUGGUAAACAACGAGAUGGUGCAGAACUUCCAAGACGAAUCGUGUUUUAUCCUCAGCACAGUAAAAGCCGAGAGCAAUGACGGCUACCACAUCAUCCUCAAAUGUGGACUCUGA